AUUGGUAGACUGACUUUAUUAGGAGCUGGUGGCGUGUUUACUUACGGUUAUUAACGUUCGUUAUUGUCGGAUUUCUUAUCAGACAAGCUGUAAACAUAAUUUGCACUUUUGCAACAUUAUAUAAAGGGAAAUCUCGCCGUCGAGAUUUCAUUCGUUUUUUGCAUUUUGUCGUUGUCUUUUCUCAAAUAAACUUAUUGUAAUUUUCCCCUACAAUACGUUAUUGAGUGGUUACGCAUAACCUAAUAUUAAAAUUUUAUUGAUUUUAUAAAUAAUAGAAGUUUCCUUCUCUUAUUACUUACUUAUUUUCGAAUUAUCUAUCAAAAUGCUGAACUUUGGAAACAAAAAGUUGCAUGGAGACACCCCUGAAAUGAGAGAAGUGGCUGCAAGGAUCUGUCGAGACUAUCUUCAUGGGGCAUGGCGAAAAGUUACUGCUGAAGAUAUUGGAUUUAAACAUAUUAGUGGUGGCCUUUCUAACUUACUCUACCACAUUUCUCUACCGACCGAUCUUUAUGAGUCCUAUUAUACGAAAAAGCAUCACAGUCAAGAACCCAAAGAAGUAUUAAUUCGCAUUUAUGGACAAACUCAUGGAGAAGGUGCGCUUGAGGCCCUCAUAACCGAGAGUGUGAUUUUUACUCUUUUGAGUGAAAGAGGUUUGGGACCAAAACUACACGGGAUCUUCCCAGGCGGUCGCAUUGAGCAGUACAUCAACGCGCGCCCUCUACUAAACAAAGAACUAGCAGACGAGAAGUUAUCUGUCAAAAUUGCCGAGAAAAUGGCCGCUUUACACUCCAUGGAGGUGCCCCUUUACAAGGAACCUACGUGGCUGUGGAACACCAUCGGUAGAUGGCUUAAAACUUGUGACAAAAAACUCAAAGGAGACAUCCCGGAAUUUGUCGUUACUCUGCUGCGAGACGUUGAUUUGAAGAGCGAGGCCAAGUGGCUCAGGAAGAGACUGGAAGUAGAAAACAGCCCAGUCGUUUUCUGUCACAAUGACAUGCAAGAAGGCAAUAUUUUAAUGAGCAUGGAUCAGGACAAAGAGAAUAACGCAGAGGAAGAUCCAGAACUUGUCAUAAUAGAUUUUGAAUAUUGCUCGUAUAACUACCGUGGUUUUGAUAUUGCCAAUCAUUUCAUGGAAUGGGUGUAUGACUAUAAAGAAGAUAACUACCCGUACUUCAGGGAAAAUCGUUCAAACUACCCAAGUGAGACACAGAGGCUAACUUUUAUCAAGUCAUAUCUACAUGCAAGGGGAUCAAAAGAAAACCCGAAGAAAAUCUUGAAAGAGGUGGAAAUCUUCACGUUGGCCUCUCACCUUUUAUGGACAUUGUGGGCAUUUGUAAAUGCCGAGACAUCCCAGAUUCCCUUUGGAUAUUGGGAAUUCGGCUGCUCUCGCCUCCAAGCAUACUUCCAACUGAAGGAGCGUUUAAGCUGCAACAUGCAAAUUAAGAGAAAGGUUGAAUGCCUCUCCCUCGACUGAACUGAGUCGACUUAACAGAUUAGGAAUACUCUAUGAGUUUUCCCUCUUCUUCUGAAGAGAUUCGAUUUGCCAAAGAAGUUACCUAUCAAUGAACCAAAAAGAUACAUGAUUGGUUGCCCGAUUUACAGCGAAGGAGACAAUAAGCCGUGGAGGAUUGCUCAGUAACCAGUUAUAAAGUAUUCUUAGUUAGGUAAACUUCUAGAGCAACUAGGGUAGCUCGGUCAGAGCAAAAAUUGCAAUAUUCAUCGAAUAAUGAUUUGAGAUCUAAUCAAAAGGAGUCUAUAUAUAACAUACUUUCAAUAUAAGCUUUGAUCUAAUUGUAAUGACUUGACUGUGAGUUAUGUGAAAAGAAAAUCACGGAUUGUGAUAUUUUAUGUCGAUAUAUUUAGGUACUAGGGUUAAGCUCAAAGUUUGGGCGAAGUUACGACUAUUAAUCUAUAGCCAAAUCGCUAGUGAAAGACUUUAGAGUGAAGAUGGACGUAACUUUUACAAACACUCUUAGUCUCUCUCGUAUUGUUGGUGUGAUUCCUUUUUCCGAAUAUACUGCACACAAAUUUAUUUAGAUUUUGCACCCAAAAGUCUCAUAUUAAGUAUUAUUUUCGAUGUAUCUACUGUAGGUAUUAAGAUUUCUACAGCCAAAAAGUACAUUAUCUGAUACUAUUUUAUAUUAAGGUUAAACGGGGUAAAAGUUUUUUUUAAGUAUUGCAACCAUAAUCAUUUUCCUAUUAUUUUAUAUAUUUAUGACAUUUUAAAAUCUUAUUAUUAGUAAAACUCCUAUAUUUUAUCUUUUUUUAUGUAGUGCAAGUUAAUAUUUGUAUGAUUUUUAUAUUGUUUUUAUACCUAAUUUUUGCAAAGCAUUUAUUACAACUGAAUGGUGCAAAUUACACUCAUUAUUAUUAUUUUAUUAUUAGUAGAAUUACAGAGCUAGAAAUGUACUUAACUUUUCAGGCUGGAGGCCUGAAUUUUAAUGCAUUUAAGACUAUAGCCGUUGGUUCUUAGUCUAUGUAUUUUUAGUGUUCGAUUUUGUGUUUAUAGUUAUAUUAAAUAAAUAAAUAAUAAUAAACAA